UGCCCGUGUACCUGCCCUUCCUUCUCGUUGGCUCUGUGUUCGUGGCAUUUAUUGUUGGUGGUGCCUGCGUUGGAAUUUGCUGCUGCAAAUGCUUAAAAUCCCAGGCUGAGGAGCAGCAGAAUGGACUUGCACCUGGCCAGACUUGGCUACUAGAACCUGAUCUUCCUUCUCACCUCUCCAGCUCCAGCCCUGCCACCAGGAGCUCCCUGAACAGUGGUCCUCAGAGCAGCAACAUCUGCAUGACUCUGGCUCCAUCCCUUCCUCUCCUUGGGCUGGCUGAAGACAAUCAGUUCUCAAGCCUUGCCCCCACCAGUGGACAGCUCUUGCACCCCUCACGCACUCCCCACCGGAUCCCGACAGAUCACACCAUUGUGAUGGCUCCAGCACCUUUCCUUAAAAGAACAAUUUAUGGACACAGUGCCAACACACCCCAUCUUGGGGUGGCACAGGGUGACCCAAUGAUGUUCUCAGGAGUUCAUAUCUGA